UUAAUGACCUACUUUUUCCAGCAAGUAUCGGAUUCCCUCAUCCUUCAACUGGCUCCCUCUGUCGAGCAUCAGUCAGCAGCAAUGUUAAGUAUCAUGAAGAGAUACCUGUGGCACCAUUUUUCUAUCUUAACAACAAUGAUUGGGGGGCACGACGACUUCAUCAGAGCAAUUCGAAAUCAAGUUUUGGAUAGCAUAGAUUUCAAAUACAAUAUAAUGGACGUCUUCGUCAUCAAGAACAAGACCCGCAAAGAAAUAGCUGAAGAGAUAGAAUUUCUCAAGCACAGUGAGGUUAGAGUGUUUCUUUUGUACUCUACGAAAGAGGAAGGCGCAGAAGUAAUGGGAGCCGCCAGUGACCUGGGCAUCACGGGUAAAAAUUAUGUCUGGAUCGUUACACAGUCAAGCUUUGGAACAGUAGAGAAUAAUGCUCCACCAGAGUUCCCUGUCGGUAUGUUAGGUACGUAAAAAUUAUGUCUGGA